AUGCGUCGCCUUACGAGUACCCCGCUCGCGGUGAACACGGCGGUGGCGUCCCUGCGCACGCUUUACAGCGCGGUGGUGGAGGACCACUACAACCACCCGCGGAACGUGGGAAAACUUGACAAGGCCGACCCGAACGUGGGCACGGGGCUCCGCGGCGCACCCGAGUGCGGUGACAUGACACAGAUGCAAGUGAAGGUGAACCCCGACACAGGGGUCAUUGAAGAUGUGAAGUUCAAAGCCUUUGGCUGCGGGAGCGCGAUUGCCGCCUCCUCCUACGCGUCCCAAGCGAUUAGAGGGAAGACUUUAUCAGAGGCGCUGGAGCUGACGAACAAGAAAAUAGCGCAAGAGCUUUCCCUUCCCCCCGUCAAGCUGCACUGCUCCAUGCUGGCGCAGGAAACCAUCCAGGCGGCGGUGGAGAACUAUCUAUCGAAGAACCCUUCGCUUAAGUCAAAGGUACAGAAGAAGAAAACGACGGAAGCCCCAAACCCCCUAAACUGA